AUGGAAGGCUAUGCCUCUAGUAAUGUAGGAUAUGGCUUUGAUUGUGAAGAAGGCUAUGGGAAAGAUGGUGCAACAUAUGACCAUGAUGAGUAUGGGAAUUAUGGAGACGACAAUGGUCAGUUUGAUCAUGACCCAUAUGAUGGCGAGCCUUACUACUCCGGGGAUGAGUAUAAGACAAGUGGAUCUCAUGGGUCUUAUGAAGAUGAUGAAGGAGUAGAGGAGCUUGAUAAGGAGUCCUAUGGUGAAGAUGAGAGCUAUGAAGAGCCUCAUGCUACACACUAUAGAUAUGGAGACGACUUGAGGUAUGUUCCUUCCUCACACUUACGUUAUGAACCACUUGGUGGAAACUUGUGUGAAUUGGGAAGUUGUGAUGAAUAUGAACCUUAUGAUUAUGUGCUUUAUGGUGAAUAUGUCCGUGAAGAUAGUGAAUUUGAACAUGGCCCUUCUGAGGAACUUUUAGCAGGUAUUCACGCACAUUGA